AUGAGCUUCCCACCACCUGGUCCCGGCCAAUACCCUCAUUAUCUCCCGCCGCCGCAGUAUCAACACGGGCAAAUACCCCCGCAGAUACUGUACAAUAAUGCCGUUCCUCCGCCGCCCCCAUACGAUGCCUAUGGCAAGCCAGCAAUGUAUCCUUCGGCUAUGAUACCAUAUCCUUCUGCAUACCCAUCAACAUAUACUUCACAGCCGCAUCCACAGCAGCAGCAAACGCGUCCUCCUCCGCAAACUCCCCCGCAACAGCCGCUCCAAUCACCACAACAAGUUCUCCAGCCACGGCCACAGCCAGUGCCACAGCCAGUACAACAGCCAGUGCCACAGCCAGUACCACAGCCGGUACAACAGCCAGUACAACAGCCAGUACAACAGCCAGCACCGCAGCCUAGACCACAACUUCUCCCUCAACUACAAUCCCCCCCUCUCCCUCAACCGCCUCCUCCCCCGCCUGCGCCUCGAAUCCAACAAGAAGAGCUGCAACAUCAGUUUGUCAAUCCAGCUCAACUGUUUGUACAACAACCUCUGCCUACUGCUCCACGAUCUCGAUACACCCAGCUCUCUCCUCAGUAUGGCGAACCGCCUUUUGUCCCGAGUGCUAGUCCUUCCAAAAUACCACCGGAUGCUUUGCCAGCUCCACCGCCAGUUCUACCUGUUCAUGUUGCUCCUGCCCCGCCUCCUAUUAGUCCUAAACCAACCACCAAACCCAAUCAAGGACAAGCCAAUGUCCAUAUACCCCAAACACACCCUAUUAUCAAAUCUGAACCCACGCCAUCCAUGAUCUCUCCCAAAGUGGAGCCCCAGAAAAUAAUUUCUACGCCUAUUGCAACGCCGAAACGACCCCAGCCUGCUCCAUCGCCAGUGACACAUGCUACUCCGCAAGUCAUGAUCCCAGCUCCUUCUCCUGUUGUUCAAGCAAAUGUUCAAAACCAGACUCCGGUGAAACAACCUCAACCACAACAUAUUGAAAAGAAGAGGCAGCUGACUCAACCAAAUAUUGAAAAACAUGGGAAGCCCAUGCCUGCCAAGUCUACUAAGCCUCCAGUUGACUAUCAGGUUCUGCUAUUGUCCCUAGCUGAUGAAUAUCUAAAUGCUGCUCACGCUCGUGGAACAACAACCUCAUUGACCGCUCGUGAGACGGACGUCGAGGAAUAUUACAAGUUGGUCGCUACCGGAUUAGGCUGCUUGGAGGCUGUCUUGAAGAAUUGGCGAUUGCAACCUCGCAAAGAAGCCCUUGUUAGACUUCGCUAUGCGCGUACAUUGUUCGAAGAAACAGACAAUGAUAUCGAAGCGGAAACAGCAUUGAGUAAAGGAAUCGACCUUUGUGAACGAAACCGUAUGCUUGACUUGAAAUACAGCAUGCAGCACCUUCUGGCACGAAUGCUGCACAAGAGUAACCCUAAAGCUUCCCUGAAAGCGGUCGAUGGGAUGAUUCAGGAUGUGGAAGCGUACCGCCAUGCCGCAUGGGAGUACGCCUUUCGUUUCCUCCGAGUAUCACUCUCGUUGUCAUCUCCGUCACAUCAAGACUCCAUGCAGGCGUUACAUCAUCUUCACAAAAUCACGGCUAUGGCCAGUCGUAACGGGGACAAGGCUGUUUCAGCGAUGGCGGCUGUCAUUGAGUCACUUGCGCACUUGCAGCAAGCGACAAAUUCCGAUUCUAUCGAGCAGGCGCAGCGCGCUGUAGCCGCCGCGCGAAGCCAUCAGCUGAAUGAUGAACUUCGCCAUAUUCCUCAACUUACAACCUUGAUUCAAAUGGUCGAUAUCUGUUGCAGUCUUCUAGAGUACGACGUCAACCAGUCUGGACAAAAGUUGAAGGCCAUGCAGGCUUUGAUGGAUGAAACACUCGGUGACAGCAACUGGCGUGCCGAUGGGUCAUUUUCGGUCCCUCUCAACGGUAAAUCCGCCGGGCCGUCGUCCAUUGACACAGGUGACAUCCUGCAGGUUCAUAAUGGCACAUUGCUAUUAAGCUUCAACUGGCUUCCUCAGCACGAUCUUUAUGCGCUUUGCUAUUUCUUAAGCUCAAUCACGCUCAGCGCCAAGAACUCGUAUGAUGGCCGGAAAGCAGAGAAAUAUCUUGAGGAAGGGCUUCGCAUGGUUCAAAGCAAUUUUAAGGCCCCCCAAGAAAUCUCAGAAUCAAUGGUCAAUGCCAACCGUCGGGUUCAGUGGCGUCAGUCCCUUUACUGCAACCUUCUUCUCCAGCGAGUCUUCCUGGCCUGUGCUCGAACCGAUUGGGAUCUUGCCAGCCAGACUCUCAACGAUCUUCGACAAGUCUUCCAAGAGCUUGAUUCCAGCCUUCCGGACACCAUUGAAUGUCUGAUGGAAUAUGCCGCCGGUACCAUCGCGCAGGCAACUGGCGAUCUCAAGGCCGCGCUGAACAUAUUCCAAUCCCCAAUUCUGUCACUAAACCCCACUACUAGCAAAACAGGACGCAAUGACCCCUGUCGUGAUACGCGCAUCCUGGCUAGCCUCAACACAGUGCUUAUUCUCCGUGAUCUAAGUCACCCGUCGCACUCUCUGCUCGGCGCCGUUCUAGCAACCCUGGAAUCCUUCUGCCAAAGUAGUCCAAAUAAGUACAUACAAGCUGCCUACUUCCUAGUCUGCGCAACUGUUCACUCCGAGUCAACCAUCCAAACGAAACAGUACCUCCAGCAAGCUCUGCAAUCCGCCACUGCAAUCAGCAACAGUCAAAUCACCUGCAUGACGCUAACAUUCAUGAGCUGGAAGUACUUCCGCGGUGUGGUCGGUGAGCAAGCCGAGAAAAGCGCUCGAGCCGGCCGUGCAAUGGCUAAACGAGCUAAUGACCGUAUGUGGGCCAGCGUCACCGACGAUAUGCUGGCUGAGACUCUGGAGAGACAGGGCAAGGGCGAAGAGGCGCAGAGCGUCCGCGAAGAAGGCCAACGCUUAGUCUCGGGUCUUCCGCCUCUUCUGAGACGUCCCGCCUGA